ACGUAUUAAAUACUAUGUAUAAGUAUCCUGCAUAUUAUGUAGAUAAUAAAUUUUUUUUAUAGUUAAAAGAUGAGAAGAGCUUUUCAAAAUAUUUACACCAAAAGGUUUAACUAUUUAAAAGUAAAUCACAUAUAGAGGAUAGUCAUGGUUAAGAAACAACGUGCUCCAAGGGCAACUAAAUUGUCCAGGAAAGACAACCGUGAAAAGGAAGAAGAAGUAUCAAGAAAGUUACAAGAAAGAAUCGAUGCUUAUGAUCCAGUAGCAGAUGAAAAACUGAUUUCACAGUUUAGUGAUUUACCUAUCACAGAAGGUACUUUAAAAGGGUUGAAAGAAGCCAGUUUUGUAUCGUUGACUGAUGUUCAAAAGAAAACUAUACCGAUUGCAUUAAAGGGAGAAGAUCUUUUGGGUACUGCCAAAACUGGAUCUGGUAAAACACUUGCAUUUCUUAUUCCAACUAUAGAGAUCUUAGUGAAGAAUAAGAUCACUGAAUUCGAUGGAUUAGCAGCAUUAAUAGUAUCACCUACAAGAGAAUUGGCCGUUCAAAUAUUCGAAGUUUUAACCAAGAUAGGGAAAUAUAACUCAUUUUCUGCUGGUCUUGUGACUGGUGGUAAAGAUCUUAAAUAUGAAAAGGAAAGAGUUUCUAAAAUGAAUGUAUUAGUAGGUACUCCGGGAAGAAUUUCUCAACAUUUAAAUGAAACAGUAGGAAUGGAAACUUCUAAUUUACAAGUUCUUGUUUUAGAUGAAGCGGAUAGAUGUUUAGAUAUGGGAUUCAAAAAACAAAUUGACAAUAUCAUUGGUCAUUUACCUCCAACCAGACAAACUUUAUUAUUUUCAGCCACUCAAUCUGAUAGUGUGAAGGAUUUAGCAAGAUUAUCAUUAACCAAUCCUAAGAGAGUAGGUGUUUCAUCAGAUCAAGAAGUUGCAACUCCAGAUUCUUUAGAACAAUUUUACAUAAGGAUACCCUUAGAUGAGAAACUCGAUGUUUUAUGGUCAUUUAUAAAAUCACAUUUAAAGAGUAAAAUAUUAGUAUUCUUUUCAUCUUCAAAACAAGUCCAAUAUGCAUAUGAAUCAUUCCGUACUUUACAACCAGGUAUAUCACUUUUAAAAUUAUAUGGAAGACAUAAACAAACCUCAAGAUUAGAGACAACAGUUAAAUUCUCAAAUGCUCAAUAUGCAUGUCUUUUUGCAACUGAUAUUGUCGCUAGAGGUAUAGAUUUCCCAGCUAUUGACUGGGUGGUUCAAGUUGAUUGUCCAGAAGAUGCAGCCACUUAUGUUCAUAGAGUUGGUCGUGCUGCUCGUUUUGGUCGUCAAGGUAAAUCAUUACUUAUGUUAUUACCCACUGAAGAAGAAGGUAUGUUAAAGAGAUUAAACAAUAACAAAAUAGAACCUAAAUUGAUGAAUAUCAAACAAAAGAAUAAGAAGAGUAUAAGACCUCAGUUACAAUCAUUAUGUUUCAAAGAUCCAUUAAUGAAAAACUUGGGUCAAAGAGCAUUUAUAUCAUAUUAUAGAGCAGUAUAUGUUCAAAAAGAUAAAGAUAUCUUCAAGGUUGAAGAAUUACCUUCGGAAAAAUAUGCUGCCUCCUUAGGUUUACCAGGUGCUCCAAAGAUUAAGAUUAAAGGUGGUAACGCUGGUAAAGAAAAGAAGAAUGCUUCAAGAAAAUUAAUGGAAUUAGAAAAAGCUAAUGAUGAUGGUGAGAUUCAAAAUGGCGAUGACAGUAAAGUCAGAACUAAAUAUGACAGAAUGUUUGAAAGACAAAAUCAAACUGUUUUAUCAGAACACUACUUAAAUAUGACUGGUAAUAAUGGAAAAGAAAGUGACGAAGAAGAUGAUUUUAUGACUGUUAAAAGAAAAGAUCAUCAAAUAAUAGAGGAAGAAUUACCUGAUUUGUCUGCUCCAGUCAGUAAAAGAUCAGCCAAAAAAGCACUUUCUAAAAAGGCAUCUAGUGCAUCCAAGGGUAAUGCUACAAAAUUGAAAUUUGAUGACGAUGGAGUUGCUCAUGCGAUUUAUGAACUUGAAGACGAAGAAGAUUUCAAGAAAGGAGGUGAUGCUAAAGAUCAAAAGGCUGCUUUUGUAUCGAGAGAAACUGAAGUUAUGAAUGAAGCAGAUUUAGAUGAUAAAGAAACUGCUAAACAAAAAAGACAAGAAAAGAAGAGAAAGAGAAAAGAAGUCGAAAAACAAGCCAGAGAAGGAUUUGAAGAAGAUAGUGAUGACUAUGAAGAUAAUGAUGUUGAUUUAGAACGUGAUAUGCAAUACUCUUCGGAAUCAUCCGAUGAUGAGCCAGAGGUUAAAAAGCCUAAAUGGUUUGAAACUAAUGACAAGAAGACAAAGAAAUCAAGAGAUGAAAUUAUAGAAAUCGAUGAACCAGAAACUUUAGAAGAUUUGGAAUCGUUGACAGCUAGAUUAUUGAAUGGUUAAUCAUUUAUUACAUACUUAUAUAGAAUCCUGUAUAAUAGAU